AUCGCCCGUGGGGAGGCGUUCACUGGUUGAAGUGAUGGCGACUGGGGCCCCGGAUUCGCAAGCGCGAUUCGGUCAGUCUGUGAAGGGGCUUCUCACGGAGAAGGUGAACACCUGUGGUACUGACGUGAUCGCGCUCACCAAGCAGGUGCUGAAGGGCUCCCGGAGCUCCGAGCUGCUAGGUCAGGCUGCUCGAAACAUGGUACUACAGGAAGAUGCCAUCUUACACUCAGAAGAUAGUUUAAGAAAAAUGGCAAUAAUAACAACACAUCUUCAAUACCAGCAAGAAGCUAUUCAGAAGAAUGUUGAGCAGUCAUCAAACCUACAGGACCAGUUAAAUCAUCUGUUGAAGUAGAACGUGUUAUGAGAGGGCAAAAGCACUUUGCCUGACACUGAGGAGGAAAUAUCUUACAUAACCACUGUGCUAUGGGUUUGAUUUUCCAUUUUCUUCUCCAAAAGUUAAGUUAGAGUAAGAUCUGUGAUGAUGAACAGUUUCUCCUGAAAGGAAGUUAAGUGAUUGAAUUUUUUUUUUCUUUUUUUUGGCGGUACGCGGGCCUCUCACUGUUGUGGCCUCUCCCGUUGUGGAGCACAGGCUCCAGACGCGCAGGCUGAGCGGCCAUGGCUCACGGGCAUGUGGGAUCUUCCCGGUCUGGGGCACGAACCCGUGUCCCCUGAAUCGGCAGGCAGGCUCUCAACCACUGCGCCACCAGGGAAGCCCCUAAGUGAUUGAAUUUUGAAAGCACUUAUUGAAUCAAACCAACCCAUGCUCUUAUUGAAUUUUUAAGUUGCUCUGUUAAUUUGAUAUUAAAGCAAAAUUAAAAGAUGUCUUCGUUUUUCUCAUAGAACUUUGAUAUGUCAAAAGCCAUAUUGUCUAAAUGUGUUUCUUAAGCAAAUACUGAGUAGUGUUUUAAAUUCAGACUUAAGAGCUUCUAUUGUGAAUGUAUAAGAAUGAUUAAUACUGUUUUUAAAGACUUCUUUCUUUUAAUCAUACAUUCAGGAAAUAUUUUAAUUUCAUGGUCACAGAAUGGUGAUUAAGUAAUACCUGUUGUUUUCUUUUCUUUUCUAGUAACUAAGAGGAGAUAGUUAUUUUAUUUGUUGUAGCAAAUUCCUACAUGAAAAUUAGGCAAAUGGUAUCAUAUCUGGCCAGCUGCAACCUCCUGCCUUGACCUUCAUUCCUAGGGUUUCUUUGUUGUUGUGACUCUUGAUUAAGUGGCCUUGGGUUCAUUUUGUAAUUUUGCUAGUCAUCAGCAAAUUCACUUGUAUGACAUUAUUGUCAAGUGAGAAUGCAGUUGAGUUACUGUGAUUCCGGUAUAGGGUUGUGCCAUGUAGAAAACCUUAACGUUUAUUGACAUUUACCUAUGUUCAUUGAAUUUAUCUCAUUAAAUGUCAUUACCGUU